AUGAGUUCAAGAAUUGGAAUCCCUAUGCUGCUGAUCUUGCUUUUCUUCCAAGUUUGUUAUUCUUCUGCGCACACAAAUGUUCUGGAUGCUUCUGCUUUGCAUGCCCUGAAGGCUAAAUGGACCAGGUUUCCUGAAAGUUGGGAAGGCUUAGUUCCUUGUGGAACCAACUGGCUUGGAAUUACAUGUAGCAAAGACCGUGUUGUUUCAAUAUCACUAGAUCAUCUUAACUUGGAGGGAAAGCUUUCUGAGGAUAUUUCAGCCUUGUCUGAAUUGCAGAUCUUUCAUUUUGGAAAGAACAAGCUUUCAGGCGAUAUCCCAGAAAAGCUCUUCAGCUCUAACAUGACUUUGAUACAUGUGCUAUUCAAUCACAACCGAUUCACGGGAAAAAUACCAGACAGCCUCAGCCUCGUUAAAACGUUGAUAGUGUUGCGUCUCGAUGUGAAUGGGCUAAGUGGAGACAUUCCUUCUGGUCUUAAUAAUCUCACGAAUCUUAACGAACUCCACUUGGCCAACAACAAAUUUACAGGUAGUCUUCCAAUUCUAAGCAGCUUGACCAGUCUAUUCAGAUUAGAUGUUAGCAAUAACACUCUGGAUGGAUAUGUCACACAUUCCAUCGUGGAUCUCUUCAUUACAUCUCUUGACAACAUUGUAUGA